UGUUCGUCGCUCCACGGAAACACACGACUGAAAGAACCGUUUAUGGUUUUGGUAUUUGAAUGUAAACGAGGGCAUGUGUCAUGUAUGCAGGCCGGAGUAGACGUAUAGAGCAAACCCUCGGAUACGAUUCAAGCCGACAUUUUGGAUACCAUGUACAGUCGCCUGAAACACUAUCUCACAGUAGUUCUUCUUUUCAUUAUCCUGUUCCUCGUCUUCUCAGCCUCGGGUGCUCUCCCCUUUGCAACUGAUCCGUCAGAGGGCGUUGAUCCUUACACCAAAUAUGGCACGAUGCUAACCCUUCUUAUGUAUAUUCUUCGAAUCCUUGCCUUGGUGCCGUUACCAAUAACACUAAGCAACUUUAUAGGGAUCCUCGUGGGAAAUACGCAUCCAGAUCCCCCGAAGCUGAUGAUGUCACCACUCUUUGGGCCAAUCUGUUUCAGAGUGGUGACCCGUGGCACCUACCCGGAAUUAGUAAAGAGGAAUGUCCAAAGAAACGUAGAACUGUGUUCCAAAGUAGGUCUUACCAAUUAUAUAUUUGAGGUUGUGACAGACAGACCGAUCUCUCUGGACGAGUCUAUCAACGUGAGAGAGUUGGUUGUACCAUCCAUGUACAAGACGUCAAGGGGGGCCUUAUACAAAGCACGUGCAUUGCAAUACUCUCUAGAAGAUGACGUCACGGUUUUGAACGACAGUGAUUGGGUGGUUCAUCUCGACGAGGAGACCCUCCUUACAGAAUCCUCUUUGGCUGGUGUGUUGAACUUCAUCCGUGCAGGACAGUACGAGUUUGGACAAGGUGUUAUCACGUAUGCUAGUGACUCAAUUGUUAACUGGGUGACAACACUGGCAGAUCUCCUAAGGGUAGGAGCAGACUACGGCACAUUGAGAUUCACGCUAGGGGUGCUUCACAAGCCAGUUUUCAGCUGGAAAGGUUCAUUUAUCGUUGCUAACGCCGGCGCGGAGAAAAAGGUUUCUUUUGACUUUGGCCCUGAAGGAAGCAUAGCUGAAGACUGUUUCUUCGCCCUCACGGCGUGGAAGGAAGGAUACAAAUUUGGAUACGUCGAGGGCGAAAUGUGGGAAAAGUCCACGUUUUCUGUCAUGGACUAUAUUCGACAGCGGAAGCGUUGGGUUCAGGGCAUAUCGCUCACUUUCCUUAGCAACCAGAUUCCUUUCAGAUACAAACUUGGGAUCAGUGUGAUGAUUCUGUCGUGGGUGGUGAUGCCUGUGACGUCGCUAAACUUCAUCCUUAUUCCCCUAUUCCCUAUCCCAGUGCAUCCGUUGCUUGACCUGUUGUUCGCGUUUACCGGGGGCGUUGUGCUAUUCCUCUUCAUCCUCGGAGCCAUCAAGUCCUUCUCUAUUCGUAGACACGGAGUCCUGAAGUGUAUAGUAUUGUGUGUCUUAACAAUAUUCAUAGCACCGUUGACUAUGGUACUGGAGAGCAUGGGCGUGGUGUUAGCAGCUAUAUCAAGGAGAAGCUACGAGUUCCAUAUAGUGAGAAAGGACUUAGAAACGGUUCUAACUAUCCCUGUAUAAAAAGCAACGAAUACAAUAAUGCUGCAUAUCG